AUGACAGACACAGACCAGAAUGAGCUAGUUGCAGCACCGUUGCCACAACCAAAUGAUCCAGCAUCCACGCCGUAUCAGUAUUUAUUUUUCGACAAAAUUGAAUCCGAGUUCUUUCCAUCUCAAUUGACGCCUCAGACGCUUUCUUGGGUGCUUUUGAGCAAGGGAAAGAGGAAAAGCCAAUUGUCCAUGCGGGCUCGUGUAUUAGAGGAACCUGACAGUGAAAAUCGGGUUCUAGUGCAAUAUCCCAAGGGGUCGACCUAUCGAGUUCGACGAAAGAACUUGAUGCCAGUUCUGGAACAUCAAUCCAACUUGAUUUUGGUAGCCUCUGAAACGAAUGAUUAUCGACGCAGUGCGAUUGUCCAUACGCUAGAAAGUGAUAGUUUCAUGGAAAUUGGUUGUGAUUUUGGGAUUCUGGUGGACAGCGUUCAUUGCGAGUCCAAAAUAGGGAUUGACAAAUCGGAAGAAUCCAUUGGAAUUGCCAAAGAACGAUACCCCAGUCGAGAUUUCUUGUUGGCAGACGUCUUUGAGGACUUUGAUGCGUCGGCACACAAACCAACCGUUGUAGCAAUUGAUAUCAAUGGAAAUAGACUAUUACCAGCAGUGAUCGACUGCAUACAACUGGUAAUGGAUGCUUGGUCACCGCGGUUGAUUGUGGUCAAAAGUCGAGAGCUGUAUGCCAAGAUGAAGGCGGAUGAAGAAUCAGUAGGAGAAUAG